CAAAACAAAGAAUAACAUUAUCUUUUUCAUCUGUCUCCUGUUCAAAGAUUUGAUUAUAUGAAGUUGGGAAAGAGAAGCAAUGAACAGCACUGAUAUAAUACAACUAGAAAAAAGCAAAACCAACCAACCGACCAACCUACCAUCUCUUUUAGCUUCGUUCUUUCUCUCCUUAAAACUACACAUCCUUAGUUCUUCACUCUUGUGUUUGUGCAGUGUGGUUUUCACCAUGGAAUUCAGAUCCAAAUCAUGCAGGAGUGAGAGUCUGCAGAUUGAAAACUACAAUGGAGGAAGGGUGGCCCCAACAGGUAUGCAAGAUCUGAGGUCUUACAGUUACAGUGCAAGUUAUGGUGCUUCUGCAUAUCCAUGCAAGAUAGGUAAGGAAAAGGAAGUGAAGGUGGAUAAAGGGAAAAACAUAGCUAAUAAAGUAUCAAAAAGUUGGAGCUUCAAUGAUCCUGAGUUGCAGAGGAAGAAGAGAGUGGCUGGCUAUAAAAUAUAUUCUGUGGAAGGAAAAAUGAAAGGCUCACUCAGGAAGAGUUUAAGGUGGAUCAAGAACACCUACACAGAAGCUGUUCAUGGAUGGUGGUGAUUAAUCGGUGAAUGGAAACCAGACUAUACAAUUUCAACUAAGAAAGAAGGAGUAUCAAAUGAAAGCUUAUUAGUUGAAGAGAGAUUUGGCUGUGUUAUUCAUUCUGUUUCACUCUUGCAUGUGAUAUCAACAUAUCUCAAGAAGAGUUAGGACAAAACUUACGCAUCUACAAUUUCUAUGUAAACUAUACUGAAAAAGUGUGCUAAAGUUUACACAGUUUUGAUGAGAGAAUGAAAAUGGAAUUUGCAUUGAAGAGU